GCCGUUCGCUAUACAGUUUUAGCCGAUGGCGGCUGUCAACUGGUGUAUCUCUGGCUUUUGUCGAAUAUAUUUUUACAAAUUUUCAAAUAAUUUUGAGAAUUUCUAUUCGCAAAUAGUCAUCACGCAUUCGCGUUAAAUUGAUUUUUCUAUGAGUCUGUGAAAUUAGCAUUUACAACAUUUAUACGACAUCAGGCAAAGAAACAAUGGGCGAACAACCAAUUUUCACGUGUAAAGCACACGUGUUUCAUAUUGAUCCUAAGACAAAGAGAUCUUGGGUAUCAGCAUCUACAGCAGCAGUCUCUAUUUCAUUUUUUUAUGACUCAACACGAAGUCUAUACAGAAUAAUUUCUGUUGAAGGAACAAAGGCAGUAAUAAACAGUACUAUUACUCCAAAUAUGACCUUCACAAAAACAUCACAGAAGUUUGGACAAUGGUCAGAUGUUAGAGCUAAUACUAUAUAUGGUCUUGGCUUUUCAUCUGAAGUAGAAUUAGGAAAGUUUAUAGAAAAGUUUCAUGAAGUGAAGGAAGCCACUAAAGUAACUAGUGCUAAAUUACAAUCGAACAGCUCAUCUGUUACUCCUGCUACUAGUGCAAAUGUUAGCCCGAUUACAUCACGAUCGGGUAUGCCAUCAUCUGAACAAGAUCUUAUAGAUCCACCAAAUUCAUCGAUGAUUAAUUCCAAUGUGUCAGCAUCAAAUAAUCCCAAUCCAAAUGCCAACAUGAUUUCUACUCAGAACAGUGUAUCUUUGGUAAGCAGCAGUCCCUUACCUGGUAGUUGUCAGAAUAAAGUGGAUGAUGAAUUGAAAAAUGCAGUCCAUUCAAGAUCACAGAGUGUUUCUCAGCAGAGUACAGAAAGUCCACAACAUCAAGGGAAAUCAGCACAACUUAGUUCAACGCAAGGUGGACAAUCAGCUGAAAUGCAGCUUAAGUAUGAAAAUGAUAGGCUAAAACUUGCAUUAGCACAAAGCUCUGCAAAUGCUAAGAAAUGGGAGGUUGAAUUAACUACAUUGAAAACAAAUAAUGCCAGAUUAACAAGUGCACUACAAGAAUCUACAGCUAAUGUUGAUGAAUGGAAAAGGCAGUUACAAUUAUAUAAAGAAGACAAUGCAAGGAUUAAAGCCAAGUAUGCAGAUCUAGAAGCUGGAAAAAUAGCAGAAGGCAAUAGUGAAGCAUUAAGGUUGAGAGUUGAAGCAUUAGAAAGUGAACUUAGAACAAAAAAUGAGGAAAUCAAAGCUUUUACUAUGGCUACAAAAAAUAAAGAUUUUGUAGCCUUACAGAAAGAAAAUGCAGAACUUCGUGACAUGUUAAGAGUUGUCCAUGAACAAUUAGAACUUGCAUUAAGCGCAACUAAAGUCCAAAAACAAAAUUUGGAUACAUUGAAUGCCAGAUUAGCUGGUCACAUACAAGAUUUAGUAACUAUACAUCGAGAAAUUACAAAUACAUUGCAACCUUAAGUUUGCAUGUA